CCCGCGCGGCUGGGGCGCUGACUCGCCCCUUUCUUCUUCUCCCUCCCUCCCUCCCUCCCUCGCUCGCUCGCUGCUCUCCCCUCAGCCUCCCCCCGCCCCGCCGGCUGCGCCAUGGCGGCCCCCAGCAACAUCGUGCCCGUCAUGGCGAGUAAAACCAAGACCAAGAAAAAGCACUUCGUGGCGCAAAAAGUGAAGUUGUUCCGGGCUAGCGACCCGCUGCUCAGCGUCCUCAUGUGGGGGGUCAACCACUCGAUCAAUGAACUGAGCCAUGUUCAAAUCCCUGUUAUGUUGAUGCCAGAUGAUUUCAAAGCAUACUCAAAGAUAAAGGUGGACAAUCACCUUUUCAACAAAGAAAACAUGCCAAGUCAUUUCAAAUUUAAGGAAUAUUGUCCAAUGGUUUUCCGUAAUCUAAGAGAGAGGUUUGGAAUUGAUGAUCAAGACUUUCAGAAUUCCUUGACAAGAAGUGCACCACUUGCCAAUGAUUCCCAAGCACGCAGUGGUGCCCGCUUUCAUACAUCUUAUGACAAAAGAUAUAUCAUCAAAACUAUAACAAGCGAAGAUGUAGCAGAAAUGCACAACAUACUGAAGAAAUACCAUCAGUUUAUUGUGGAGUGUCAUGGGAAUACACUUCUUCCUCAGUUUUUGGGCAUGUACCGACUAACUGUUGAUGGAGUUGAAAUAUAUAUGAUUGUUACAAGAAAUGUGUUCAGCCAUCGUUUAUCUGUCUAUAGAAAAUAUGAUUUAAAGGGCUCUACUGUGGCUCGAGAAGCCAGUGACAAAGAAAAGGCCAAAGAGCUGCCAACGUUCAAAGACAAUGAUUUUAUUAAUGAUGGCCAAAAGAUUCAUAUUGAUGAAAACAACAAAAAGAUGUUCCUUGAAAAACUCAAAAAGGAUGUUGAGUUUCUUGCCCAGCUAAAACUCAUGGACUACAGUUUGCUGGUUGGGAUUCAUGAUGUUGAAAGAGCUGAACAGGAAGAAGUAGAGUGUGAAGAGAAUGAUGGAGAAGAUGAAGGCGAGAGUGAUGGCACCCACCCUAUUGGAACGCCUCCAGACAGCCCAGGAAAUACACUCAACAGCUCACAGCCUUUGGCUCCAGGGGAAUUUGAUCCAGCUAUUGAUGUUUAUGGCAUAAAAUCCCAUGAAAAUGCACCUCGGAAGGAAAUAUACUUUAUGGCCAUUAUUGACAUUCUUACUCAUUAUGACGCAAAAAAGAAAGCUGCCCAUGCUGCAAAAACAGUUAAGCAUGGGGCCGGUGCAGAAAUUUCAACUGUUAAUCCUGAACAGUAUUCAAAGCGCUUCUUGGACUUUAUUGCCAACAUCUUGACGUAACCUAUCAUGUUACAUGGACAGACACAAGACCUGGGGACAGCAGCAGUGGCUACAAGCGUAGGGGAAAAAGGAACUCAGAGACGUGCUCAUCUUGCAGAAAGCAACCCCUUUGUUUACAUCUGCUGGCAAAGAUGACUGAAGUGGGGUGGAAGACGCGCUUUAACAGCUGCCUGAUAUUCCCAGCAUAGUUCUAGCUAUUUCUGACUCUUUUGUGUGUGCAAAAAAUUAAAAUAAAUUAAAUAGAUCAGCUUACUCAGAGUGCACUGUUACAGUAAUACUCUGAUGCUACCAGCUGAAAUGGAAUAAAUGAGCAAAGAGCUGUGGGGUGGGGGUGGGGAAGAGUAAAUGCAUGUUCAAUCUCCAAUAUUGGUAUCAAACUGUAAACUGUGGAUCAGUUUAUUUUUUGAACUAAAAGAUAUAUGACAGUAUUCAUGAUGGUAAUGAUGAUAAUAAAAACCUUACUGCGAAUGUUACACUUACAACUUGCACACUGGCACUCCUUAAAAAAAAAAAAUACCUGACACAGUGAGCCGUUGGUGCCGGGGGAUUUUCCUGUUAGGUUCAUGGCAGUUGGGUUUUUUUCCCCUUUUUUCUCCCUCUCCCAUUUUUUUUUUUUUCUCCUUUUCAGCACAUUGCAUCAGGACGUUCAGACUCUCAGACAUUGAGAGCUAAUGUCUCUUAUCUUACAAAGAGCUAACAUGUAUUUCAUGCUAUGUGUACGUUUUUUGCUACGGCAAACUUAUGUUAAGGGAAAACCUUGCUUGUUUCACUUUGUUACCUGAAGUUUUCAUUUGUUUUAUAUUCUUGCAAUAUAGGAACUAAUAAUGUUACAAGUGGAAAAAAGCUUAUUUGAAGAAGUGCAUAGUUUUGGGCAAUAGUAGCUUCAUCUUUCUCCCUGGAAAGAUGUGCAUACUGAUAGAAAUUCCAUUCUCCUGUAAUUUAAUGGGAAUUUGAAGUUUAAAUGCUUGUGCUGUGCUGUUUAAACAAUGGUGUUUUAUUAUGGAUUAUCCCUUAAAAAUUAACUUUGAAUUUUACUGUUUACAUUAUUAGGAAAGCAGGGAUACUUCUGAGUUUCUGAGCUGUGUACAAUAUAUGAUUUUUGAGUUUACAUGUAAAGUUAUUUUGCAGUACAAAUGAAGUAAUAUGUUUGUCACCUUCCAAGAUAUAACAUGCAGUAGCGUACCAAAGUGAAUGUCUCAUUCACCUCCACGAUAGACUCUUUCAAUAAAAUGAGAAAGGGUGUUUCAGAGGGAUUUUUUUUCCCAGGUCGUCUUUUAUCAUCAAAAUGACCUGUCCUAUCAUGUAUUCAAAUUUGAUUGUAUAGUACAUUGCCUAAAACUGUGCUGAUCAUGUUUAACUUGUUUAAAAUUUUUAAACAUUGUAUUUCUUCUCCUCUUGCAUUUUUUCCCAAACGAUUCCAUGCUUGAAAAAGACAAAUUUACAUAUGCUUAAAGUUUAUCUACUUAUACACUGUGCUAAAGCUGUGCCUUUAAAAUUUCUUUAUUGAAAUUAUUAGGUUUUGUAGGCAAUUUAAAAUAAGUCAUGCCCUCCCCAUCAUCAUUUAUAACAGAGAUCAGGAGUGCCAGCAUGCCUUCGCCAUAACUCACGUCAGUGCUGUUCAGCCUGCAACGGUGCGUAAUGUACGUAGUGUUUUACUUCAGAGAAGCCUAUACAUAGCAACCCAUCACGCUCUCUCCAGUGGCCAAAGGCAAUACUGUCCCUGUUGCUGUAUUAAUUUUUUUCUCCCCUCCCCUACCUUCCCUACAUUUUUUUUUUGUUACGGUUGACUUAGUGAUGUCCGCAGCACUGUAAUGUAUGUGUACACUUUUGUAUUGUCUGUAUUUAAAUAAGUUGGUACCGUGGCGUGAUAUCUUUUGUCCUCUGCCCAUAUACUCCAUCUGUCUACAAUAUCACUUGCUUUAUUUUCUGAAGUAUGCUGUGGCUUCUUAAAGUAUGGGAGACCCUGAAGUAAAAAUGAGGUUGAGUAAAUAUUUAAUUGUGGCCAAUUAGUGUACAUUUUAUAGACAAUUUUAGACAACAAAGCAUUCUUUUUGUCUGUGUAACAGUUUCUGUCAUUCUUUAUUGUUGAUAAACUGUUUAUUUGGACAGGGCAAGGAGGACUCAUUAUUGUAUAUCUUAGUGCUUAGAUUACACUCCAAACAUGAGCAAGGCUUUAUAAAAUAAAGCACUUUGAUGACUCACUAGGUAAA